GCUAGUGUCAUGGCGUCUGCCGGGAUGCAGCUGUAGGUGUAGUGUGCCAGAGGGAGGCCUUGGAUAUUUUCUCUCGUACAUUGAAUUGUAUUUAUUGUCAUACUGGGGACAUUUGAAUGUAAAAAGACUUUUAAACAUGGGGACCGUGCAUGCCAGGAGUCUGGACCCCCUUCCUAUGCAAGGACCUGAACUGGGGGUUCAAGCCGAUGACAUGGACCUGGGGGAACCAGAGCAUGAGGAGAAACAAGAGGUUCUAGAGAAUAAAGAUGUUGUUGUACAACAUGUGCACAUUGAUGGUCUUGGAAGAACAAAGGAAGACAUUUUAACAUAUGAAAUUGCAGAUGUUUUCCGAGCCAAAAACUUGAUUGAUGUAAUGAAGAAAUCCCAUGAGGCCAGACAGAGACUGCUGCGUAUGGGAAUAUUUAGACACGUGGAUGUUGUCAUUGAUACAACUGAAGGUGCUGAUGCACUGCCCAAUGGACUAGAUGUGAAGUUUGAGGUGAAGGAGCUGAGAAGGUUGACAGGAAGUUACAACACCAUGGUUGGGAACAACGAGGGUAGCAUGGUACUGGGGCUGAAAUUGCCCAAUGUUUUUGGUCGUGCUGAGAAGCUGACUUUCCAGUUCUCUUAUGGCACUAAGGAAACAUCAUAUGGCCUGUCUUUCUUCAAGCCCCAGCCUGGAAACUUUGAGCGGAACUUCUCCAUUAACUUGUAUAAAGUCACGGGACAGUUCCCAUGGAGCUCACUCAGAGAGACAGACAGAGGAGUUUCAACAGAGCUUAGUUUCCCCAUCUGGAGGACUAACCACACUCUGAAGUGGGAGGGUGUAUGGAGAGAGUUGGGUUGUCUGGCCCGUACAGCUUCCUUCGCUGUCAGGGAAGAGAGUGGUCACUCUCUAAAGUCUUCACUCUCUCAUGCAAUGGUCAUCGACUCACGCAAUUCUACCAUCCUUCCAAGGAAAGGUGCCUUACUGAAGAUCAACCAGGAACUGGCAGGUUACACUGGAGGAGAUGUCAGUUUCUUGAAGGAAGACUUUGAAAUUCAGCUCAACAAGACUCUCUUCUGGGACUCGGUGCUCUCUGCCUCUCUAUGGGGUGGUAUGUUGCUGCCCCUCGGAGAUAAGCCCUCCUGCAUUGCUGACAGGUUCUAUUUGGGAGGCCCAACCAGUGUGAGGGGCUUCAGCAUGUACAGCAUUGGUCCUCAAAGUGAAGGUGAUUACCUUGGUGGGGAAGCGUACUGGGCUGGUGGACUUCAUCUGUACACCCCUCUCCCAUUCAGGCCAGGCAGAGGCGGCUUUGGAGACCUUUUCCGAACGCAUUUCUUCCUCAAUGCCGGAAACCUGUGCAACCUCAACUAUGGUGAAGGGCCAAGAGCUCACCUGAGCAAGCUGGCCGAGUGUAUCCGAUGGUCUUAUGGAGCGGGCAUUGUGUUGCGUCUGGGGAACAUCGCUCGACUGGAGCUCAACUAUUGCAUUCCCAUGGGUGUCCAGAGAGGAGACAGGAUAUGUGAUGGAGUGCAGUUUGGGGCUGGAAUCCGGUUCCUGUAAUAUCCUGAUUCCUGUCACAUGUCGAUUUUGGAACAAAGAAGGAUUUCUGUCACUUUGUACUUGUAAUAAAGGAUACAUGUAAGAUCACACUUUGAGUUGCAUUGGACGACACAAUGAGUGUUACCUAAUUAUUUGAUGUUAGCAAAUACAUUGGAGGGGAAACUGUCUAAUCCAAAAGCAAAACCAUUGUUGGAAAAAAGUUGCCCUUUUUAAAGUUAUUGGUACUUCAGUGGGGAAUCUAUUGGACAUCAGUGCUCUUAUCACUUGUCAUAUUUAUUUGUCUGAAAUGUCAGUGGUCAAUAAAUAAUGUCUCCGCCCUU